GCGAGAAAAAGAAGAAGGAAGUGAAAAAUCAACCAACACGAAACGAUUCGCGAUUCGCCUUUCGUCGUCUUUCGAAGAAAAACAUUUUCCUCGCAGCUGUGGUUCGCUUCGGUCGGUUAACGUGAAUCAUCAUCGCGAAGAAACGUCGGUCAGCUCAGCCGCCAAGUGGUGCACAAGAUGUAAUCCGCGCCGCGAGUGUUCCAAUAAAAUUAUUGGUACCACUACCUGGACGAAAGUCGUAGUCGUCUUUUUUAUUCGUCGCCAUCGUCUCAGUGGGAGGAAUUCCGUCUAUUUUCCUUCGCUAAUGAACUCGCGGAGUCUUGAGCCAGAUUCCAAUCGCGUGAAUGUGGGGUGUGUAAAAACUCAGCCGACUCAGGUUACAGUUUCCGGACGGAAUCCGGAGUGUUGUGGAUCCCGUCCUGACCAGAUUCCUGCGUAACAACGGAUUAGUUGCAAGGUGUGGUGAAAAACACUCGAUGUGGGCCGAUGGAUUGGUGGAUGAUAGGUAGAGGUGCCAAGCAAAGCAGUGCGAAAAAAGCGCAGAGUCCAAGUGUCAGUGAUUACGAUGGGAAAUGUGUAAAUUUGAUUCGAUGGAUCCCACAAGCAAUAAGUUGAACGUAGAAGUUACAUAGCUCGGCAGCAGCAGCAGCAGCAGUACCAGGCCAAGUGGGUGCCCCAGGGGUGCCUUAAUACGAAACGUGGGUGACGAACACCAUACGGUUACAACAAGUAAGAAAGUGUCACGUUGUGGUCAACGAGAGAUAUAAAAAAGUGGGACCACCCACACCAGAAGAUUUGCGAAAAGUGGUGGUAGUGUAGAAGAAAAAAAAUCCGUGAAGAAGAAGAUAACAACGAAACGAAAAGUAGUGCAGAAACCUGAAGAAAAUGAGCUGGCUUCGGUCCAGCCCGCUGCGGCAAAGUUUCAGCAAAGCCGGUGGAGGCAGCGGAAGUGGCGCCAGCAGUCGCGGAGGCAACUCCACUAACGGAACCGUCCGGGCGUUUGAUGCGUCUGAGUGCGAUCCGAAGGCGUGCUACGAUAGUUUCUGUAUCCACUGGCAGCAGGCGUUCGAGAUCAUCCAGCGGUCGGAGAACAAUCGUGGCCAAUCGCAUGAUGACGUCCUCGGAGUGGUCACCCAUCUGGAUCACAUGGUCACACUGUUGCUGGUGGAGUUACAUCACUGCAAUAAGGUAGGCCUGCCAGGAGCUCCCGCACCUCCCGCACCCUGCCUGGAACACUUGCUAAGCGAGAACCUACUCGACAAGCUCUACGAAUGGGGCGUCAAAACAGGAAGGUAUGCCAAUGCCGUCCGGUUGGAGCAGCUCAAGCUGUACGAACAGCUAGUCAGUCACAGUCGACAUCAACUGCUGGUGCAUGAACCGUUCCUGCGGCCUCUGCUCAAAAUAUUGGCAUCCAGUCAGAAUGAAAUCUAUCCACCGGAUGUGGAGAAACGACUAGUGAUACUGCUCAACCAGCUCUGCGUGGUGCUGAUGCAGAACGUGCACCUGUUGGAUCUGUUCUUCUUCUCGACAGCCCAGCAGAACGGAAGUGGAGGGCAUGCAAACUUUAUAAUCUUCUCCCUGCUAAUACCGUACGUUCACCGGGAGGGCUCGUUGGGUCACCAGGCUCGCGAUGCGCUACUGCUGUGCAUGGCCCUGUCCCAGAAGAACUCCAACGUGGGAACGUACAUUGCAACAUACUCAUCGAUCUGCCCGGUGUUGGUCACCGGGCUGGGUGGAUUGUACUCGCGCUUGCCAAACCAAAUCGACAUCAAAACCAUCGAUUGGUACCGGAUAACGACGGAUGACGUGACCGAGCUGCAGGAGCUGACACUGUUUAUGAACUCGUUGGAGUUCUGCAACGCUGUGGUCCAGGUGGCACACAGCAUGAUUCGGCAGCAGUUGCUGGACUUUUUGUACCAAGGGUUUUUGGUACCGGUGUUGGGUCCGGCCGUUCUCCAGACAUUUAAAGGUCGAGGUCAUUUGCAGACAAACGUCGAGUCGCAGAUUUCGGCGAUGGCCUAUCUGGACCUGAUCGUACGCUCGGUAACCGAACCGGGCCUGAUUCAGAUCGUGGUCAAGUUUCUACUGGACGAGGAGAAGUUCGACGGCCAGCGGAUAUUGGACGUCCUGGUGGAGCGGCUCAACAGCAACGACACAAGGCUUUGCAUGGUAUCCUUAUCACUAUUCGACACACUUCUGAGUCUCAACUGCGAGGACAUCAUGCUGGAACUGGCCCUGAAGUACCUGCUCAACUGUCAACAUGUGCCUAUCUCGCAUCGGUUCAAGGUGAACCGGGUAGAUCCAUACAGCAACGCAGUCGAGUACUUUCUGAACACAUCUCCGGACAUCAUGAAAAAAGUGAACAACGUGUUGAACAUCAACAACAACAAUAAUAACACCAGCCAAGCGUCGAUGCUAGGGAGUGGCCCCUCAUCUAUGCCCCAGGGCGGACGAAAUGUUAGCAAAACGAUCGGUGCCAACUGGAACCAUUACGGGAUCAAUACCGGAGAAACGCUUAUGGCUAACUACCAAGCGUACCUGUUGGAGGCCCGCAACCGGAUAGUUCAAUGCAAACAUGCCUGUGAUCAGUGGAACAAUGUGUAUCGUUACCAAAAAUUGAGCAAACUGGUAAACAAUAGUAGUAGUUUAAGUCAUAGCGGUAAUGGAACGGCUGGGAGCGAAGACGUCCGAAUUUACAAAGUACAAAUGAUCAAAAAUUUCCUGGCGGAAUUUACCACCGCUCCGGACAGUGCGGUCGACAUGGCGGGAGAUGGUGACCGAUCGAGUCAGUGCCAGUCUCCGGCGGGGAUGUUCGGUACCGGGCAUCAUGCGUCCCAUCUGAUGGUGACAACGUCGAAGCAGCUGGACAGUUUGCAAUCGCUGGGCGAUAGCAGCGGGUACGAAAGUUUGAACAUUACCAAUUUGGGGACGGGCAGUGAAGAUGGUCGGCGACACGAAGCGUGGAAAGUUUCCAGCGUGAAGGAAGAAACCAUUGUGGAUUUGGAUCUGUCGGAAGAUCUGUUCGCCCAGGGGACCGUAAGUUUAGGUCCCUUCCUAACGGCCAUAUGGGGCAAAUUGCAAACGUUUACGAGCAAUUGCUUGUACGUUAACCUUCACCUGACCGGGCUGAUAAGCCAUCUGGCGUGGUUUCCUCUGCCGUUGCUGCACUCGAUUCUGCUGCGACCCGACAUACCGACCACAUCCGAUACGCCGUCGUUUCAUCAGGUCCUGAAAAUUCUCAAACAACAAAUCGACGCCGAGCUGCCCGACUGCGACGAGUCGCUAGAAAUCGUGGACGUUGCCCGCUCCUUUCUCGUCGACCGAGAAUUCCGACUCAUCAAUAUGCGCAAGAAUGCCAUCGAAUCGAACCCACACAGUGGCAAACUGUUGCUCCCGAAUGGUGCAACCGGAGCAUCCGGACCCGUAUCGAUGACCUCCAACCUCUCGCAGACGACACCGAUGCAGCUCACUCCGAGCUCCUCGUACGAUCCGUUCAAACGGAACGACACCAAACGGAAAAGCAUUUCCAAUUCGUUUUCCAGUAUUUUCCGACGACCAGGAUCCUCCGCUUCAUCUGGUCUAGCACAAGUAUUUCAAUUUUUUACCGGAGGCGGCUCCAGCAGCAACAGCUCGUCGAUCAGCCAUCAAUCUUCCUCGACGCCAUCGCCAGCCGGAUCCCAGCAGUAUCUUUCGUCCAACAGCUCCGGGGUAAGUAGCUUCAUGGGAAGCAGUCGGCGGGAAUCGCGUGAGGCGGAAACCCAAUUCGUGGAUCAUCCGUCAAUUGGGGGACCACCGAGCAGUAUGGGUCCCACUAGUCUAACGUCGACCGGGAGUCCCCACAACAGCCUCGAGUACUCGCUGGUCAAUAUCAACGGUGCCAUCGUCGGAGGGAUUGGAAGCGAAAGGCAGCGGGAUCUGGCCGUCAGUGCCGUUGUGUUGGACGAGUGGUUGAAGGAACUUGCGGCCAUCACUCAGGAGCAGUGCAUUAUAAUGAUAUCGGACCAGGUGUCAUCCCAAAAGCCGGGGAAACCCAGCUGAGACCGACUCGACCGAGGUGGCUUCUUUCGAAGAAGGCAUGUUAAGUUUAGUUGAUAAGAAUGCUUUAUUUAAAUUUUAGUAAGCUAUAACGUCUAUCGUCUACGUUUGUUUUAAAUUUUUACAGUACGACAUUGUUUUAUACUGAACCUACGAUUUUUGCAAAAUUGAAGCGAAUAUCGUAGACUAUCUUUUCAUAUACAUCACUUUUGUUCAUUUCUAAAAUGACUAAAAUUUUAUUCCUUAUUUAAUGUAGGUAUUUUAAAUUUUCUCUCCUUUUUCAAAAGCCUUCGAAAGACCUAUCGAUGCACAUUAUGCAUGUGUGAAUUAUAAUAUCGACCUUAGUAAGCAGGUGGAAAUAGUAGCAAUUAAAAAUUCAGUAAAUUUGUACUGCGAAUCACAGUAUAUGAAAUACGGACAUCUUAGUUGUUAAACUUCUGAUUUCUGAAUUCAAGUGCUAGUGUUAAAAGCGUUUUUCUUCGUCCAAUUGUAACAUAUUUUUCCUACAGACAGAUUUUACGUAUGCAAUAUUGCAAAGCGUAUGUCUAUAUAAACUCCUUAGUUUAGAUCAUUUUGCGCGGAUUUCUCACUCUCUUGAACAGAAGCAAACCCUUACAACGAUUGUACAGCGACAUUGAUCAAUUCUACUAGUAACAAAUUAUUCAAUAAUUACCCAUAGCUAUACAAACAGUCGAGCAAAGCCAAAAAUAGCUUCGAAACGUCCGCAGAACAAACUAACUAAAUGAUAUUGUUCGGAUUUGUAAGUAUUUACUUUCACUUUAUAGGUGAGGGAGUACUAAAUUGAUAUGCGGGUGUUUUGGUGUUGUUUGAAGAUUGAAUUAAAAAAAAAAACAAUCGAUAUUAUGCCAAACGGCCAAAGCUAUUCUAACGGAGCAGGAGUACUCCCUUCGUAACGAGGUCCACAUAAGAUGAGAAUGCAAUAAACAGUACACACUAAACUAAUCACGCCUAGAAAAUGAAUAAAGUGUUUGUAAUUAUAACGAAACGAAAAAUUUUUCCGAGAAAAUUCGUCACCGUGAACAAGUAGGAUAUUUUGUAUGAGAAAAUAUACAUUAGCUGAUUGAUAUUUGAGCGAGAGACACUGAA